AUGUUGAGGGCAGCUGGAAAGGGGGCCGGAGGAAACAAGAUGCUUAUCAAGCAGUCUGCAGAGGACUGCAUCUUCCGGCGCAAGCUGGACGGGCUUGUUGUGGAGAGCGCCGUGGAGAUCGGUCUGUCGGUGCGGUUCCGUGUCGCAGUCGAAGACAAAGCUGUGGAGAUCCUGAAGAAGGUUUCCGACGAGGCGGAUCGCAUUGCAAAGGAGCUGGUUUCGCUCCCAAGUGCCAUCGGCGAUGAAGAUGAACUGGUGGCCCUCAAAGAAGAGAGCGAGGGCAACCGGCGGUUUCCGGUGCUCAGCUUCGGCAAGGAUGAGUUGCGACUCUCAUCCAUGCACCUUCAGAAGCUUCGAAGCCUGUACGAGGUUCACAACGGCGCUGCUCCACACACCGAGGAAUUUUCCGGGAGCACACUCACAGCCCUGCGGGUGCCCCUUGACAUUGCCAACGUUGUGGCCUCCGAGUGGGAGGCGACCUUCAGGAUGAACCCAUGGGAGGUCGAGGUCCGUAUGGAUUGGAUCCUACUCGCUUGCUUGCUGACCCUCUCGAAUCUCCUUGCCGUGCAUGCCUGGCGUGUCAGCAACCCCCCGGUCCCGAGCUCCCUGGCAACGGCCUCUGAAGAAGAGCAGGCCGGCUUUUGCUCCAGGUCCAUGUACGUCCUCGGAUGUGGGCCGAGGGAGGUGUGCCAAAGCCAGGGCCGUUUCAGUUGCGCCCUGAAGAGCGACACGGACCUGGCGGAUGGUGCUGCCAAAGUCGCCAAGAGACUGCUGGCGAAGGCCCAGGCCUUCAAUAGCAGCACUUGGGCGACUCGGGGUGCCAUCGAGUUCUCGAAGCUCACUGUGGCCCUGAAGAACUUGAAUGUCUAUGCUCAGGUUCUUUUGGAGCCAGGGGACAUGCCCCUGUUCAGGCAUGAGAUGCAGGCCGCUAAGGCCAGUGUGUCACAAGCGGCAUUGACCAUCAAUGAGGCUUGGCACAGGAACGGGCUUAUGAAUAGCCGCAGUAAGUCGGUUUCUCUCCGGUCUUUCGUGGAGUAUGUGGAGGAGGUUUCCAAGGAGAACGCGACGUUUGACCCGAGCAAGAUCAAGGACUUCUUGAUCCGCUGUUUCCCAGGCAUUCCCACGGAAGUGCUGGCCGAGACUACGAAAGAUGUAGAAACCGCGCUAAGCUCAGAUGCCAACCCUCACCCAUGA